AAGGUUUCUAAGUUAUAUUAAGUAUUAAAUAGUAUUUAGAAUAAUUCAUCCUUGAAGUGAAUAAUGUUAGAUUAUUUUAUUUUAACAAAUAGCAAAAAUUGUAAAAAAUUAUAAAUCAUUGCGAAACCGUAUUAAUCAUAUGUAAAAGUAUUAAAAUAUUUAUGAAGAUUUAUAAAUCAGUUAUAAAGUAAUGUAUUAAAAUUUAUAAAUGAGUUUUAAAGACUUAUAAAUCAAUCUAAAACAAUGUAUAAAUGAUAAUAAAGAUUUUAAAACAUGACGUUUAGUGAUAAAACUCCUUAACUAUUUUGAAUCGUAAAAAAACCUCUCAACUAAAUUUUCAACAUUAUAAACCCUCAACUUAUAAACCGUUAACAUAUGUCACCUUCUGUCACGAUUUUUUAGACGGAGGGUAACAUAUAUUCACAUAAUUAAAGUUGAAGGUUUAUUUCACAUGAUUUUUAGUUGAAUUUUUUUUUACGAUUCAUCUUUACUUAAGGAGUUUUAUUACUAAAACCGGACAUUAAUUCUUAUAUUCCGGUUUAUAUAGUACAAUGAUGUCAUAGAAAAGUGGAAGGGUGAUUCUUUAUUCCUUAGUUUUUUAAACACUUGAAAUAAACUGUUUAUUAUCAAUUUUACAUUCAUUUGGAAACAUAUUGAAAUUAGUGAAUAGUGAGUGUUAUGAUAUUAACGAGAAUAUGCCUCGUUACUGAUUAAUGGGUAACUACGGAUCGAUAGCCUGCAAUAUUGUUGUAUAUAUAAGUUGUUUAAUCGGGAAACGUAGGUAGUGGAGUUAGCAAAAUUGCGUUUCGUGCAUGCAUUUUUCAUAAAAUACAAAUACAUAACGAAUCAGUACGUAGAUUCAUGCAUGAAAACAAUAUUUAUAAACAACGAUAUAUUCAUAAUUUCUUUUCUUUUUUAUUGGUUCAAGAGAUUUGGACUUUAAAUGAUACAGACACUUCGAAUAUUACGAUCCACACUGUACCACACCACCACAGUUAACAGUAAUAUUAUAUAUAUAUAUAUAUAUCAUAUAUCUAUAUAUUUUUAUAAUUGUUAGAACUGCACCGUAGUUGAACCGCUUAUUCCACACCGCUCAGUACGAUCUGCAGUCACCGUUCCAAACCAAAAGGCGAAACCAUACUCAGUAAAAUAUAAUGUUUGACAGGCUAAUAAUAAUUUACGUAGUCAAGUGUUUGAUCCUAUCACAUACAAUGUUUUUAAUUUGAGAGUCAAUUCAACAACCGUACAUAUAUUAAAGGGGUCCGAAUGUUAACAUGCUGGAUAACUACAGAAUAAAUGCAGUGUGAUUCAAAUAAUAACAAAAAUAUAUAGAUAUAUAAAUAUAUGUAAAGUUUUUUAUUAUUAUUCAUGACGGUGUGAUGCGGGACGGUUGGUUACCGUUCGAAGCGUAAGUAUUAUAUGUCUAAAUAUUUUUUUUUAAUAUUUUAAUAUUUCCUUCCUUUUUAUUAAUUGACUUCUAUAUAUCCAUAUAAUAUUCCUGUUAAUUUUUUUUCUUUUUGACUCUUCUUACUAUUUAAAUGAGAUGUGAUACCUUCCAACAACAUAUCACAAAAACAAUUGAAAACAAGAGGCGAGGGGAUAUUAAUGGAGAGGGUAAAUUUACUAGUUACAUGUUCUUUCUUUUCAUUAUCUAACUUUUUGACGUGGAGUCGAAGAUCAUUUGAUACGUCCAUCUAAAUAAGAUUUUAUGUUAUUUUUUUCUUCUGAUAGAUUUUAUGUUGUUCGUCUCAUGAUCCACUAAAUUUCUGAGAAGCCAGCACCAAAAGAAUGUUGUGGAUUUUACUUGGUCUGUGUGUUAAUGCUUUUUCGCGGUUUUGUUCAGGAAAAUCAUGAAGGUGAGAAUUUGCCUCCGGAACUGAAUCAAAUCAAGGAACAAAUCGAAAGAGAAAGGUUUCUGCACAUUCAGAAAUCAUUUGCGGAUAGACCAAGUGUGGUUACUCAUGCUGCAUAUCAUCAUUCUCUUGCCUCAACCCGGGGUGCUGGAGUAAAUAAUGAUGGAGGGGACAACAAUAUGCUUUCUUUGAGAAUAAAAACACCACUUCAUAUUUUCAAAUAUAAUCCUCCGGAAGAAUUUACAUCUCCACUUCCCAAGAAACAAGUUAUCAAGCUUCCAAUUGUUAAACAGCUACCACGAGCCAUUACCUGGGUCUUCACGGAUAGUAAUAAGCUAAUGGCUGAAAGUGAUUCUGUGAUCGGUAAGAAACAAAUAAUUUAUGUCAAAGGCCAGGCAGAGGAAUUGAGCAGCAACGACGAAGAAGAUGAAGAAGAAACCGAGAAAGAAAAACUGGAAUUUUCCAAAGAUGCAGAUCAGUUUAUAUGGGAGGUUGGGCAAAAACAUAAUUUAGAUGACCUGGUGGUGCAAAGUGCUCUCUCCAAGUUCUUUGAAUUAGAUGUUUCAGAUAUCUUGGAGAGAUACAAUGAUCUCAAGAAGCUUAAGAUCAAUGAAGGAGAUACUGGUGAAGUUUCUGAUGUACGCAUAUUUACUUCUUCUCCGGAGACUACUGAAAGGCGUUUUUGCCGUCGUUGCUUGAGAUUCGAUUGUCGUGUGCAUGAAGAAGAUCAGCCUGAGAUUUACAAUAAAGAAAACCAAUCUAAUUUGUUUGAGAAGGAGGAUGUUAGAAAACAAUGCAGUAACCAUUGCUACCUUAAGCUAAAGGGUGUCACAGAAGCUGAUCAUAUGGUGGAUAAUGAUAACUAUGUAUCAAACAAGAAAGGGAAGAAUGUGGUCUCAGAGAUGUCUCAAGCAUACAAUGAGUGGACGUCUGUAGAGAUGGAUCUUUACCUCAAAGGAGCUAAACUCUUUGGUAAAAACAGUUGUCUUAUUACAAGAAACGCACUUCCCGGACUUAAGACGUGUUUAGAGGUUUACAAUUACAUGCAUGAGCAAGAUCAAUAUAAAAUGUUACUAGAACAUGAAGAAACUUCAGAAACAGACAAUCAGGUUAAUAAAGAGACAUCGCGAAAAAAACGUAGGCUGGUCCGGAAAAAAGUCAAACUCCAAAAGCAUAUUUAUCCGGCUGCUAUAAAAAAUACAAUGAACGAAAUAGAGAAGUCAUAUAAGCAGUACACACCAUGCACUUGCGAGCCGGUAUGUGGAGAUCAAUGCCUUUGUUUCCGUAAUGGAAAUUGCUGUGAGAUAUAUUGCGGGUGUCCAAAGACAUGCAACAAUCGCUUUGGAGGAUGUAACUGUACAAAGGGUCAAUGUAUAAACCUAAAAUGUCCUUGCUUUUCCAAUUUUCGUGAAUGCAAUCCAGAUCAAUGUCGGAGUUGUUCGCUUAGUUGUGGAGAUGGCCAUGGCUCUCUUGGUGAGACAUCCAAGACAAGCGAAUGCAAGAACAUGCAACUCCUCCUUAAGAAACAUAAAAAGAUUCUCCUUGGAAUGUCUAAUGUUCAUGGAUGGGGUGCAUUUACACGGCACUCCCUUAAACAAAAUGAGUUUCUCGGAGAAUAUACUGGAGAAUUGGUCUCCGUCGAUGAAGCAGAGGAACGUGAGAGAGCAGAUCACAAGCUUGGUUAUUCCUACCUCUUUAACUUGAAUGAUAAGUUCGUCAUUGAUUCUCGCCGACAAGGAAACAAGUUUAGAUUUCUCAAUCACUCAUCAAAUCCGAACUGCUGCGCCCAGGUGAUGAUUGUUAAAGGAGAUCAGAGGAUUGGAUUAUUUGCGGGUAAAGCUAUCAGAGAAGGUGAGGAGCUGUUCUUCGAAUAUAAACCAGGAGAAGCGGAUAGGUCUCCUAGCAUAUCUAGCGACAGUGGUAGCUCGAAGCCAGAGAACAGCAGUUCAUCUACUUAGACUUGAAUCUGAGGAAGAUUGACACAAAGCAGUCGGUUUUGGAUUCUAAUGCUAUUUUGCGUAACUAAAGUUCAGAGUCGUUUUGGUUUGAGAAAGGACAAAUUUUGAAGUAUUAUGUUUUAUUGUUUUAAGGUUUUGUCUGUCUCAUGUCUUUAACUCUUGAAGUUGCCAAAUGUCGAUGUUGCUCUUCC